AAAAUAGCUUUAACAUAAGCUCCACUGCAUGCCGCUGUUAGCAGCAUAUGUCAAGUUUUAGUAAAAAAUUAUAUUUGAGCGGCAAGCGAGCACAUAAAAUUCAAUUGGGAAUACAAUUGGAAAUAAGUUUGUCAAACACACGUUUCGUCCGUAAGCGAUCACAAGCCAAACAAAUCACAAAAUGGUUUUCUACUUCAAGAGCAAUCUAGUGCAGCCGGCGGCCAUGUUGUACAUGGGUCGCGACAAACACGAGAACGAGGAACUGAUCCGCUGGGGCUGGCCGGAAGAUGUGUGGUUCCAUGUGCACAAUUUGUCGUCGGCUCACGUCUAUUUGCGUCUCCGCAAGGGACAGACCAUCGACGAUAUACCCAGCGAUGUGCUGGUGGAUGCUGCACAGCUGUGCAAGGCGAACAGCAUUCAGGGCAACAAGGUAAACAAUUUGGAAAUUGUUUAUACCAUGUGGGAGAAUCUGAAGAAGACUCCCGACAUGGAGCCCGGUCAGGUGGCCUAUCACGAUGAGAAAGCGGUGCGCAAGAUACGGCUGGAGAAGCGGGUUAAUGAGAUUGUGAAUCGCUUAAAUAAAACCAAGACCGAGGAGGAGCAUCCCGAUUUUCGCGGACAGCGCGAGACACGCGACGCUGCCGAGCGACAGGAUCAGAAGCGGGUGCAGCGCGAGAAGCGCGAACAGGAGAAGGAAGCGGCCAAGCAGCGCGAACUGGAGGCGGAGCUGCGCAGUUAUGCAUCAUUGCAGAAAACAGAAAACAUGCGCACCAACUACGAUGCCGGCAACGAAUCUGAUGACUUUAUGUAGUAGUGUGUGUGUGCGUGCGUUGUGUGUGUGUGCAUUUGUGUGUGGAAGCACUACACCUACUUAUAAACAAACUUAAUUAUAACUAUUUUUUUUUAUUAAAAUUGUGCAUAUAAAAAUGAAUUUCAGUAAGCGUCGUCAUUUUGUGGUGCCAUCAUCAUCAAAAAGUUUGCUCAUUUAACAGCGGUGGAGUGCAGCUGUUGUCAAUGUCUUCUGCAAAUGUGGAGCACUUCUGUUAACAAGUUUGUGAACGCACAAAGUCUGGCAACGCUGUGCGUGAGCUCAACAUGGCGCGUCAAAUUUGAACAUGGCCGAGGAAACAACUGGCUGAAUUGACGGGAUUUCCCCUACUAAAGAAGCUGGAUAUCGGCGGCACUAUAUGAUGAAUGAUGAAUAGUAAGUCAACAAAAAGGACCUUCACCAGUUUUUGCACAUCUGAACACAUUUAUCAUUGCCAUUUCCAAGUUUUCAUCCUCCUUAAAUCGCUCAUAUACUAAAGAAUAACAUUUUUUAAAUGAAUUAAAAACAACUGUUGCUUUGUAUGCUUCAUUU